UUUUCCAUCUGCCGCAAGCUCCAACCUUGUCCGUUACAUUCGCAUUAUCACUGACACUCGCGCGGCGUAUAUCGCCGUGUGCAAACGACCGGACUGUUCAGGUUAUCGCGACGUUACGAAUUUCACAACUCAAUCGGCCAGAAGACACGGCGGACGAUCGCCCGUUACUCCAUUCGCGAUUCACUCCUCGAUACUGCGCGCGUACAACGAAGAAUAAAAAGACACGAAGUCGCGGAACUCCGACCUCGCACACUCCCGACGACGAAACGCACGUCCCGACGGCGAAAAUCUCUUUCGGGAAGAGAGAUCGGCCGCGAUGUAAACGCGAGCGAGGCUCGAACACUUCUGAAAUCUCGAUUAACGUGUCGACGAAGCGAACGGAACGCUCGAGUCAACCGACGGACGCUGCCUGACUGAAGGGCAACGUAAGUCGAACGCGACGCACUUCACGGCAAUGUCUUCGUGCGCUUUUCACACGCAACGUUGCUCCAUUUAUCCUCGCGCGAACCAACGAACGCGACUGCGAAACUGCGUUAUACGACUUCGCGUACCCGACACCGUGUCUGCCGACGAGAAAGGCUCGCUGGCCACUUCGAUGCGAGUGCACCUCUUCGAGACUAGUGAAACUAGAAACGACGGAACAGAACUGAGACUCGAACUCGGACCGCUCGGACCGUUCGGACCGUCGCUUCUGAAAUCUCAAUCAACGUAUACGCGAAACGAAGGACGCGAAAAUACACCUUCAGCCAAGCGACGGACGCUGCGGGUUAAAACGCGUCGCGUGCCGAACGCGACGCAAUUCACAACACUGAAUGUCUCUUCCUGCUCUUCACACGCGACGUUGCUCUUAUUUCCCGUAGCUCGCGCGGACUAACGAACGCGUCAAGAUCGUCACUGUUAUUCGCGAAAUUUGACGAAUGAAAAGAUAUGCGACUGCGAAACUACGUAAUACGACUUCGCGUACCCGACACCUCGUCUGCCGACGGGACAAGAGUCAUCGAACAUUUGGGAAGAGGGAUGAAGGAGGGGAAAUCGCGGGAAAGGCUCGCUGACCACUUCGAUGCGAGUGCAUCUCUUCGAGACUAGUGAAACUAGAAACGACGGAACGGAACUGAGACUCGGACCGCUCGGACCGUUCGGACCGUCGCUUCUGAAAUCUCAAUCAACGUACGCGAAACGAAGGACACGAAACGAAGGUCGCGAAAAUACACCUUCGACUAAGCGACGGACGCCGCGGGUUAAAACGCGUCGCGUGCCGAACGCGACGCAAUUCACAACACUGAAUGUGUCUUCCUGCUCUUCACACGCAACGUUGCUCUAUUUAUUCUCGCGCGGACCAACGAACGCGACUGCGAAACUGCGUUAUACGACUUCGCGUACCCGACAUCGUGUCUGCCGACGGGAAAGGCUCGCUGGCCACUUCGAUGCGAGUGCACCUCUUCGAGACUAGUGAAACUAGGAACGACGGAACAGAACUGAGACUCGGACUCGGACCGCUCGGACCGUUCGGACCGUCGCUUCUGAAAUCUCAAUCAACGUAUACGCGAAACGAAGGACGCGAAACGAAGGUCGCGAAAAUACACCUUCGACCAAGCGACGGACGCCGCGGGUUAAAACGCGUCGCGUGCCGAACGCGACGCAAUUCACAACACUGAAUGUGUCUUCCUGCUCUUCACACGCAACGUUGCUCUAUUUUCCGUACCUCGCGCGGACUAACGAACAUGUCAAGAUCGUCACAGUUAUUCGCGAAAUUUGACGAGUGAAAAGAUGCGCGACUGUGAAACUGCGUAAUAUGACUUCGCGUACCCGACACCUCUGUCCCGUCAGCCGACGGGACAGAGAUCAUCUAUCGAACAUUUGGGAAGAGGGGGUGAAGGAGGGGAAACCGCGGGAAAGACUCGAUCGCUGACCACUUCGAUGCGAGUGCACCUCUUCGAGACUAGUGAAACUAGGAACGGAACGACGGAACGGAACAACGGAAGUGAGACUCGGACCGCUCGGACUGUCGCUCUGCGUCGCAUCUCGAGCAACGUAUACACGAAACGAAGGACGCGAAAAUACACCUUAGACCAAGCGACGGAUGCUGCGAGCUAAAACGCGUCGCGAGUUGAGUUGAAACGCGAGUUGAACGUGACGCACUUCACGGUACUAAAACUCCGUCGAAUUUCACACACGACCAUGGCCACUUUUCUAACCUCGAGCGGACUGACGAACGCACCGAGACGAGAGGGGAAGGCGGAAUGGAGCAACGAUUUCCCGGCCACUCCGUGCGAAUGAGUGAAGCAAAUUUCGAGAGGAGACCGACCACAAGUGAAACGCGAGGUUCGAGAGCAUCACUUUUAACAUCUCGACGAAACAAGAAGCACGGGAAUCUUUCAGGUAAGUCACAAUCGUUACGAACCGAUACGCGAUACAUUCGAGAUACCAAAUACACAUCACGUGCAAUGUUUCUCGUAGUCAUUUAUCAAAAAAGCCGGCACGAAAUAAUAGAACCGAAUCACUGCUCGAUUCGACACUCAUUCUUAACAGAAAAAUCGCGAUCGCGGAACGUAAACAAGACAACCUCGCGCUCGUGUCCUCGCGAGGAAACUGAGCCGUCCGCGGGCGAACGUCGGAAAGUAGUGGAAGGGGGAAAAUUAUGGGAGAGGCAAGUAGCCGAUUGGCGACUUCGAGAAUCGGCAGUUCGUGGAAACGAAAAAAAAAGUCGUAGCGCAUCGCCGUGCUCCGGGAAAAAAAACCGUCGGACAAGCGUCGAAGGUGACUUCCAAGAAAUCCAUCGCUCUGUCUCCUUUCGACUGAAAACUCAUCGAGGAUCGAAAACAGCGGGCCGUGUCGUCGCGAUUCCCGAGAAGAGAUUAGCUGAGGCACGGUAAGGCUCAAUAUUUUGAUCUUAACGACAUUGAAAGAAAUUUUAUUUUCAGCAAAUGACGGACGUUCGAACUCGAAAUGAUAUGCCAAUUAUGCAGAUCGCAGAUCAACGUGAAUUCGACAGCCAGUGUGACACGAUCAGUGACGCAGUUAACGUAUCUGAUUGGCUGCAUGGAAAGUGAUAUCGUAUCUCAGAACGUACAGAACGUGAAAUGCAAUAAGAACUACUGUCGAAGCAAUCGGCAAAUAAACGCAAAGGGACGGGAAAUAUGGCCGACCUCUAACGGAAUGAGGGAUUCAAAGGUAACUUUACUGGAUAGGUCAAGUGGCUCACGGUUGGUCGGCCGGCAUAUCCACGAGAAGCCGCCGUUAGAUACGACAGAGUUCAUCCGUCACGACGUUAUCGCGUUGCCCGGUCCGACUACGUGACGAAGAUCGAAUCUCGUCACGGUGGAUGGCGAUCGUGCCGGCAUGAGAACAUCGGCCCGGGGCGCCGUUUGAUCGACUCGCCAUCCUCCCCUGAAGGGGACUUCGGUAACGCGGAUGAUGCUAGGCGUUGACGUUCGAGCGUCGCGUCGUUGGGAAAUGAUCGAAAUUAUCAAUAUGCAAUACUUGCGUACACAUUACGCCGCGAAGAAACAUUCGUUGAGAAUUCGCAGAACGCAACAAAUUAUCUGUAAUCUGUUGUCAGCUAAUAAUUAUAGCUGAAAAUAUGAAAAAAAAA